AUGUCCUGCGAGCAUUGUAUUCAAGGUGUACACCAUGAAGGCACCCCAGAAGGCACGUACACCGAUAUUGCCGGAGUCAAAUGCUACGUCGUAACGCCAUCCGGCGAGUAUGACAAGACCAAGGUGGUUCUAUACUUCUGCGACGCCUUUGGCUUUGAACUCGUGAACAACCGGCUGCUCGCUGAUGACUUCGCGCGUAACGGCUACAAGACCAUCGUCACGGACUUCUUCGAGGGAGAGCCUGCUCCUGAGAACUUAUUCGAGGAUCCCGAGCUCCGUGCCAAGUUCGACUUCAUGGCGUGGCUCGGCCGCCACAGCCCUGCACACAAUCUGCCGCGCAUCAAGGGCGUAAUCAACGCGCUGAAGGCCGAAGGUGUCACUCGUUUCGGCGCGACAGGCUACUGCUACGGCGGCAAGAUGAUCUUCGACCUCGUCUAUGAUGGCGAGCUCGACGUCGGUGCUACCUCGCACCCAUCUCUGCUUUCAAUUCAGGAUCUCGAGAAAUUCUCGUCGAGAGGCUCCAUUCCGCUCUUGAUCAAUUCUUGCGAGAUCGACGAGCAGUUCGGCAGCGAGAAGCAGGAGAAGGCUAAGGAGCUUUUCAAGGAGUACAAGGCCGGGUUCAGCAUGCCGUACUUCGAAGGCUGCACGCACGGCUUUGCCGUCCGCGGCGACAUGAGCGAUCCUAAGGUCAAGGCGGGCAAGGAGGGGUCAUUCAAGAAUACCGUUGAGUGGUUCAGAAAGUACCUACCAGUUUCAUAUACGGGCGACCUCCCCGUGCGAACUUACGUCACCGCAUUGAGUUGCGGCGGGCGCAUUGUAUCGAAGCCUAUGGUCGACAUAACCACGUCAACAUAUGAGCACCUCUGGGGGAACUGGGCUAUCGGCCUCGUUUCGAUCUGCGUUCUCUACUACGAUUGGUUGCUAUGCCUAGGCGACGAGAUCGAACUGAUCUGGUUGAGGGGAAAGCGCCUGUCGGCGGCAUCCACGCUGUGCCGCAACAUGCAGUUCGUUCAUUUCAUCGCCACUGCAUUCAUACAAGUCACCACUGGAGUCGUCUUCGUCUUGCGAGUGCACGCUAUCUACCAAAAUAGGCUCGUCCUCGGUGCGGUGAUGUUCGUCGCUGCCGCUGCACUUGUGAUGGCCAUCUGGGCAAUCGUCACAUCAUUCACCGUUCAUCACUCUCCUGAUAUCUAUAUAUUGGGUAUGGCGGGUUGCAACCCGGUAAUGAGGAAACAAGAAGCAAUGCGCUUCGCUAUCUCAUGGGCAGGACUCAGCAUCUUCGACUUGACUGUCUUUCUCUUGACCGCGUACAAGGCUGUACGCGCACACGGAAAGACUCUGUCAAGAUUGUGGUACAUUUUCAUGCGCGAUGGCGCGGCAUACUUCGUGAUCAUCUUUCUCGCGAACCUCGGAAACAUCGUAUGCUUUCUGAUUGCGCCACCUGUGCUCAAAGGAGUGACGGGCCUUCUGACAAACGUUUUGUCGGCGACGCUGGUGUCCCGCUUGAUUCUCAACCUUCGUGCGGCCAGCGAUACUCGUUCAGCGGCGACGGAUGUCGCCACUUCGAAUCACGAGUUGCAGAUAAUCUCGCCAACUAGCCCCACAAGCACACGAGAAUUGCUCUUCGCUCACGAUAAAUGCGAGCUGGAUGUCGAGUGCUAUCAACCUCAUGUCAGACUACCAACACCAAUCGCGUACUGA